CAUAUAGGACCUGUAAACAUCCCCAGCUUCUGUCAUCUCUGGGCUGCUGGAGGGCACAAUGGAAGUGGCUUUUUCUAGAAUUAUUCUGGCUUGAUGGCGGUUUCCUAGAAACAUGAUUGCUUGCUGGUCUUGAUCUCACAGCUUUGUGAAGACUUCUUCUCUGAUAAUGUCAAGUUCAGGCUACCCUCCUAACCAAGGAGCAUUCAGCACAGAACAGAGUCGUUAUCCUACUCACUCUGUCCAGUACACCUUCCCUAGCACCCGACACCAGCAGGAAUUUGCAGUUCCCGAUUAUCGUUCGUCUCACCUGGAAGUCAGUCAGGCAACCCAGCUCUUGCAGCAGCAGCAGCAACAGCAGCAGCAACUUCGGCGCCGGCCUUCCUUGCUUUCUGAAUUUCACCCAGGCUCUGACAGGCCUCAGGAAAGGAGAACUGGAUAUGAACAGCAAUUUAAUCCAGGUCCAUCUCAGACAGAUCAUGAUUCACUGGAAUCUAAGCGACCACGUCUUGAACAAGUCUCUGAUUCCCAUUUCCAGCGUGUCAGUGCAGCUACUGUCUUGCCUUUAGUACAUCCUCUGCAGGAAGGGUUGAGAUCUGCAGAUAUUAAGAAGGACCCGGCUUUUGGAGGAAAGCAUGAGGGACCAUCUUCUCCAGUUUCUGGUCAGCCUUGUGGGGAGGACCAAAAUGCUUCACCUUCAAAGCUGUCCAAGGAAGAAUUGAUACAGAGCAUGGACCGUGUAGAUCGCGAAAUUGCGAAAGUUGAACAGCAAAUCCUUAAACUGAAGAAAAAACAACAACAACUUGAAGAAGAAGCUGCUAAGCCUCCAGAGCCAGAGAGGCCUGUCUCCCCUCCUCCAGUGGAACAGAAACACCGCAGUAUUGUCCAAAUUAUUUAUGAUGAAAAUCGGAAAAAAGCAGAAGAAGCUCACAAGAUUUUUGAAGGUCUUGGUCCAAAAGUUGAACUGCCACUUUACAACCAACCGUCAGACACAAAGGUCUACCAUGAAAACAUCAAAACAAACCAGGUGAUGAGGAAAAAGCUAAUACUAUUCUUUAAGAGAAGAAACCAUGCAAGAAAACAACGGGAACAGAAAAUCUGUCAACGUUAUGAUCAGCUGAUGGAGGCAUGGGAGAAAAAAGUUGACAGGAUAGAAAAUAAUCCACGCAGGAAAGCUAAGGAGAGCAAAACAAGAGAGUACUAUGAAAAGCAAUUUCCAGAAAUCCGGAAGCAAAGAGAACAGCAAGAACGAUUCCAAAGAGUUGGCCAAAGAGGGGCUGGACUUUCAGCAACUAUUGCUAGAAGUGAACAUGAGAUUUCUGAAAUCAUUGAUGGACUUUCUGAGCAGGAGAAUAAUGAAAAACAAAUGCGUCAGCUCUCUGUCAUUCCUCCCAUGAUGUUUGAUGCAGAACAAAGACGAGUGAAGUUUAUUAAUAUGAAUGGUCUGAUGGAGGAUCCCAUGAAAGUUUAUAAAGACAGACAGUUCAUGAAUGUCUGGACCGACCAUGAGAAAGAGAUUUUUAAGGAAAAGUUUGUCCAACAUCCCAAGAACUUUGGUCUAAUUGCUUCCUACCUGGAACGAAAGAAUGUUCCUGACUGUGUAUUAUAUUAUUAUUUGACCAAGAAAAAUGAAAAUUAUAAAGCCCUUGUGCGAAGGAAUUAUGGUAAACGCAGAGGAAGAAACCAGCAACAAAUUGCUCGUCCUUCUCAAGAAGAAAAGGUAGAAGAAAAGGUAGAAGAGGAAAAAGCAGAAAAAGCAGAGAAAAAAGAGGAGGAAAAGAAAGAUGAGGAGGAAAAGGAUGAGAAGGAGGAAUCUAAAGAGAAUACCAAAGAAAAGGACAAAACUGAAGUUGCACCAGAGGAAACAGAGGAAAGGGAGCAGGCCACUCCUAGGGGCCGAAAAACUGCCAAUAGUCAAGGUCGUCGUAAGGGCAGAAUCACCAGAUCAAUGACAAAUGAAGCUGCACAAGCAAAUGCUGCUGCAGCUGCAGCCACUGAAGAACCACCACCGCCUCUUCCACCCCCACCAGAACCUUCUUCUGCAGAGCCUGUGGAGACAUCCCGCUGGACAGAAGAAGAAAUGGAAGUUGCUAAGAAAGGCCUAGUGGAACAUGGACGAAACUGGGCAGCAAUUGCCAAAAUGGUUGGGACGAAAAGUGAAGCUCAGUGUAAGAACUUCUACUUCAACUAUAAAAGGAGGCACAAUUUGGACAGCCUCCUCCAACAGCACAAACAGAAGUCUUCACGAAGGCCCCGUGAGGAGCGAGAUGUAUCACAGUGUGAGAGUGUAGCUUCAACUGUAUCAGCUCAGGAGGAUGAAGAUAUUGAAGCAUCUAAUGAAGAAGAGAAUCCAGAAGACAGUGAAGGUGCUGAAAAUAGUUCAGAUACAGAAAGUGCUCCAUCUCCAACUCCAGCAGAACCUGCUAAACCAAGUGAAGAAACUCCAUCUGAGAAUGCUUCUUCGAAAGUAACCACUGAAGCGACAGCAGAACAAGAAUCUACAAUUAAACCUGCAGCCAGCACAUCUCCCUCCUUAACAGCCCAAAGUGUAUCAACAGCUGAAAGUCAGAACCCUGAGCCACAGGUUAAGGAAGAAAUAAAUAAUGAGGCAGAAGAGCCUAUGGAGGUUGACAGUAGAAGCCAUAUGGUUGAAGCAAAGCCUGUGAUUACUCUUCCCGUGCAUACCAAAGUAGAACCUGUAGAGACUGAAAUGAGGCUACCAGAGAAUAUUCAAGUGAAAGUAGAGAGUGAUACCAAAGAGAGAGAGAUGGAGAAACCCAAGGAAAAGUCAGAACCAGAGGAAAUGGACUAUAGUCUGUCACAACAAGUUAAUACAGCAAGACAAGAAUCCCAUUCAGAUAAUGAUUCAAGUGCCACCUGUAGUGCUGAUGAGGAAGUUGAUGGAGAACCUGACAGACAAGGCAUCUUCAGCAGGGAGUCAAAGCCUUCACUGUUAAAUCCCACUGGGUCAAUACUGGUAUCAUCCACAAUAAAGCAAGGGCAGAUGGACCUGCAACAACUUCACCACCGAGCUGCUGUCAUACCACCUAUGGUUUCUUGCAGUCCCUGUACUGUUCCUGUUGGAACACCAGUGAGUGGUUAUGCACUCUAUCAACGGCACAUUAAAGCGAUGCAUGAGUCAGCGCUGCUGGAGGAGCAGCGCCAGAGGCAAGAGCAGCUGGAUAUGGAGUAUCGAAGUGCUGUGAGCCCUUGUGGUGCUUCCAAGAGCCCUAAUGUUGAGUGGGAAGGAAAACCGGUAGCCUAUAUGCCUUAUGCUGAUGUCAAGCGAGCAAUAGAACAGGAAGCACAAGUGCAAAAUACAGCAACAAGGUCAGCAUCACCAUACAGGCUAUCUCCGAGAGAAGUCAAUAAAGCUUCCCCCCAGCCUGAUAUGAAUGCAGCUCGCUAUAGUGUCCCGCCAGUUCUCCAGCCAGCACCUCACCAAGUAAUAACCAAUAUACCUGAAGGAGUCCGCCUUCCAACAACCAGACCCACCAGACCACCACCACCACUCAUUCCAUCCUCCAAAACAAGUGUGCCAUCAGAAAAACCUUCCUUCAUCAUGGGAGGCUCAAUCUCACAAGGAACACCUGGCACUUAUUUAACAUCCCAUGGUCAAGCUUCUUACGCCCAAGAAACUGCAAAGCCAUCAGUGGGUUCCAUAUCUCUUGGGCUGCCAAGGCAGCAGGAGUCAGCCAAAUCUGCUUCCCUGCCCUAUAUCAAACAAGAAGAAUUCUCUCCCAGAAGUCAGAAUUCCCAGCCUGAGGGACUCCUGGUCAGGGCACAACAUGAAAGUGUGGUUCGAGGUACUGCAACGAUACAGGAGGGAAGUAUAACGCGAGGAACUCCAACCAAUAAAGUUUCUGUUGAAACCAUUCCUUCUUUGAGAGGCUCCAUAACUCAGGGUACGCCAGCUCUGUCCCAGUCUGGCAUAGCAGCUGAUGCGUUAUUGAAGGGAACUAUCACCCGGCUAGCUACAGAAGACAGCAGCCCAGAAAAGUGCCGAGAGGAAGCUUCAGCCAAAGGCCAUGUUAUUUAUGAAGGCAAAAGUGGGCAUAUUUUAUCUUAUGAUACAAUUAAAAAUGUUCGUGAAGGAACAAGGAGUCCGAGAACUGCUCAUGAAAUUAGUUUAAAGAGAAGCUACGAUACAAUGGAAGGAAAUAUAAAGCAAGGAAUGUCAAUGCGGGAGUCUCCAGUGUCUGCACCACUGGAAGGUUUAAUAUGCCGUGCACUGCCUAGGGGUAGCCCACAUGCUGAAAUAAAAGAGAGAACAGUGCUGUCUGGCUCUAUAAUGCAAGGCACACCAAGAGCAACAGCUGAAAGUUUUGAAGAAGGCUUGAAAUACCCUAAACAGAUAAAGAGAGAGUCACCCCCCAUAAGGACAUUUGAAGGAGCCAUUACUAAGGGGAAACCAUAUGAUGGAGUCACUACUAUAAAAGAGAUGGGUCGUUCUAUCCAUGAAAUCCCAAGACAGGACCUAUUGAGCCAGGAGAGUCGCAAGACUCCUGAAAUGGUGCAGACGACCAGGCCGAUCAUAGAAGGCUCCAUAUCUCAGGGCACACCCAUAAAAUAUGAAAGCAACUCUGGCCAGUCUGCCAUCAAACACAAUGUAAAAUCUUUAAUCACUGGACCAAGCAAGCUACCCCGUGGAAUGCCUCAGCUGGAAAUGGUGCCAGAAAACGUGAAGGUGGUGGAGCGAGGAAAAUACGAAGAUGUGAAGACCGGGGAUGCAGUACGUUCCCGUCACACGUCAGUAGUCAGCUCUGGUCCCUCUGUUCUCAGGUCAACUCUUCAUGAAACUCCCAAAUCACAGCUGAGCCCUGGGAUUUAUGAUGAUACCAAUGCUCGGAGGACACCUGUGAACUAUCAGAGUCCAAUGUCCAGGAGUUCACCCAUGAUGAAUAGAGUUAGUGAGGCUGGAAUAUCUUCUGGGAAGCCAGCAAAUCACGAAAGGAAAAACACACUUACUCCGACACAGAGGGACAGUGUGCCAGCAAAAUCUCCAGUCCCAGGGGUUGAUCCUGUAGUGACUCACAGUCCUUUUGACCCUCAUCACAGAGGAGCAACUCCUGAAGUCUAUAGGAGUCACCUCCCUCCUCAUUUAGACCCUGCUAUGCCAUUUCACAGGGCUCUGGAUCCUGCUGCUGCUGCUUACCUGUUCCAAAGGCAGCUCUCACCCACCCCAGGCUACCCAAGUCAGUAUCAGCUUUACGCAAUGGAGAAUACACGACAGACAAUCCUAAAUGACUACAUUACCUCACAGCAGAUGCAAGUCAAUUUACGUCCUGAUGUAACAAGAGGAUUAUCUCCUAGAGAGCAAACUUUAGCUCUCCCAUAUGCAGGAGCGAGAGGAAUUAUUGACCUGAACAAUAUGGCUCCCACUAUCUUAGUGCCUCAUCCUGGAGGAACAAGCACACCACCCAUGGAGAGAAUCACCUAUAUCCCCAGUACUCAGCUUACAUUCCCUCCCAGGCCUUACAAUCCUGCUUCUCUGUCACCAGGACACCCUACACACCUGGCAGCUUCUGCAGCUGCAAAUGCUGAAAGAGAACGGGAAAGGGAGAGGGAGAAGGAACGGGAAAGGGAGAGGGAACGUGAGCGAGAGCGGGAAAGAGAACGCGAACGAGAGAGGGAGAGAAUAGCUUCUGUCCCUAGUGAUCUAUAUGUAUUUUUUGUUUGUUCCCCUCCACUCUGUUCUGCAGGUACAGAGCAGCCUGGCAGACCUGGCAGUCAUGGAUAUGUUCGGUCCCCGUCUCCUUCAGUUAGAAGCCAGGAAAACAUGCUGCAGCAACGGCCAAGUAUUUUUCAAGGAACCAAUGGGACAAGUGUAAUCACACCUUUGGAUCCUGCUGCUCAGCUACGUAUCAUGCAGCUCACCCCUGGAGCUCCCUCCAUUACUCAAGGGUUGCCAGCUUCCCGUUACAAUACUGCUGCUGAUGCCCUUGCAGCACUAGUAGAUGCUGCAGCCUCUGCUCCUCAGAUGGAAGUUGCCAAAGCAAAAGAGAACAAGCACGAAGGAACCAGGAUAGAAGAGAAUAUGGGACGCCGGUCAGCUGUGGUUACUGAACAGCAGCAGAUGGAACAGAAGACACUGGAGGUAGAAAAGAGGCCUGUCCAGUGCCCCUAUACAUCUGCAAAUUUUUCUGGUGGCAAGUCCCAGGGACAGUCUUCAUCAGUAGUCUAUUCAGAGGCUGGUAAAGAGAAAGGACCUCCUCCGAAAUCCAGGUACGAGGAAGAGCUGAGAACUCGAGGAAAGACCACAAUUACUGCUGCUAACUUCAUAGAUGUGAUCAUCACUCGACAGAUUGCUUCAGACAAGGAUGCACGAGAUAGGGGCUCUCAAAGUUCAGAUUCUUCCAGUAGUUUAUCCUCCCACCGGUAUGAAGCUCCUGGAGAUGCCAUUGAGGUGAUUAGCCCUGCAAAUUCACCUGUACCUACUCAAGAAAAGCUACAGCCCUAUCAACAAGAGACACCUAAACCAAGCCAGGCAGAGAAUGACCCAAACAGGCAAUAUGAGGGGCCGAUUCACCGCUAUAGGACGCAACAGGAACCCCCUUCACCCCAACAACCUCCACCUCCCUCUUCCCAAGCAGAAGGGAUGGCACAUGUGCCCAGGACCCAUCGACUUAUCACCCUUGCUGAUCACAUCUGUCAAAUUAUUACACAAGACUUCGCUAGAAACCAAGCAGCUUCUCAGGCCUCUUUGCAGCCUCCCACAACUACAUUCCAGAAUUCCACCCCUGCUCCAACACCUGUUGCUACCCGAGCAAAGACAUCGAAUCGCUACAGCCCUGAGUCACAGUCGCAGUCUGUCCACCAUCAGCGGCCAGGUGCUAGAGUGUCACCUGAAAAUCUGUCUGACAAGUCCAGGGGAAGACCUGGAAAAUCUCCAGAGAGGAGUCAUGUCUCUUCAGAGCCCUAUGAGCCAAUCUCGCCACCUCAGGUCCCAGUUGUACAUGAGAAACAGGAAAAUGUUCUUUUGCUUUCCCAAAGAACUGAGCCUACUGAACAGAGGACUGACUCUCGCUCUCCGGGUAGUAUAAGCUACCUGCCUUCAUUUUUCACCAAACUUGAGAACACUUCACCGAUGGUAAAAUCCAAGAAACAGGAGAUAUUUCGAAAGCUGAACUCAUCUGGUGGAGGUGACUCUGACAUGGCAACUGCUCAGCCAGGGACUGAAAUAUUCAAUUUGCCAGCAGUCACUACCUCAGGUGCAGUCAGUUCUAGGGGUCAUUCCUUUGCAGAUCCUGCCAGUAAUCUGGGUCUGGAAGACAUUAUUAGGAAAGCAUUGAUGGGAAACUUUGAUGACAAGAGCGAGGAGCAUGGAGUUGUAAUGUCACAGUCUAUUGCGGUAGCACCUGGCAGUUCCAGUGCUGCAGUAUCGGCAAGUAAUGAGACGCGUAGGGAAGAAGCUAAUCCAUCACCAAAUUCAGGAGGGGGAGUUGGCAAGCAGAAGCUAAUCGGCAAGUCAAACAGUAGGAAGUCUAAGUCUCCGAUUCCUGGGCAGGGAUAUUUGGGAACCGAAAGACCUUCUUCUGUCUCUUCUGUACAUUCAGAAGGGGACUACCACAGACAGACUCCAGUGUGGGCCUGGGAAGAUAGGCCUUCAUCAACAGGCUCAACACAGUUUCCUUACAACCCGUUGACGAUGAGGAUGCUCAGCAGUACACCGCCAACAUCCAUUGCGUGUGCCCCACCGUCCAUGAGCCAAGCAACCACUCACCAACAGAACAGGAUAUGGGAGCGAGAGCCUGCACCGCUGCUUUCAGCACAAUAUGAGACUCUGUCUGACAGUGAUGACUGAACUAUGCAGAUUAUUUUUUUUUUUUAAUUUGCGGGUCAAAAAAAGAAAUCUAUUUUUGACUUGUGCCCAUAGAGACUUUCCAAGAGAGCAAGGGCCACACAAUGAAGAAUUAAUGGAGAGUCCAUUAAAUGCCUUCUGCACAGGCCAUGUGUUGGAGGACCGUGAUCAAGAAGGUUGACUUACUAAAGAUAAAUAUGUAAAGAGUUUUUAAAAAUGUGGACUAUUCCUGUUCUACAUCUAUUUGUAAAGAAAACCAUAAUGUCUUUAAAUCAUUCUUCUGUAAAUAGAGAGUACUUUUUGCAGUGUUUUUUCCCUUGCUAUAGUAUCUGGUGUACUUAUGUUCAAAUCAUUGCCUAAACUUUGGGGGUCAUUUUGUAAUUUUUUUUUUUUUUUAAGCAUUUUCUCCAGUGUAGAGUACUCUUCAUAACCCUAGCCUCCCUACCAGCCUAGCCUAACCAUAACCCUAGCCUCCCAACCAGCCUAGCGUCAUUGCCCAUUUAAUGCCGUGCCACUUCUUGCAGGCAUUGUGCUUUUAUAUAAUUUUUUCCCUAGACACACUUUCUCGGUGGUGUUCAAGCUCUUGUGAAAAUGUUGAUUUUUAAGACUGACCCCUUAAUGAAUUCUGUACAUUAACAUAGUCCGGUUCGCUGGAAUAAGAUGAUAUAUUUCUUUGAAUUUUAAAUUCUGCCACAUUGUAAAUUUUUGGUGCAGUUGGUUUUAUUUAGCAACACUGCAGAAAUAUUAUUGCAUGGGUAUGUUAUGGUUCAUUUUUAAAAGGAAAAAAACAAAACAAAA